AUGGCGCAAUGUUUUGAUGCUCACUCCUAUCACGUCAAGCAUUCAAAUAUAAGCAGCUAUGCUGCUUCUCCUAACUUUAUCACAUCCACUGUAUGGCAACAUACUUUGACUGGCCUUGAGGUGGUAAACGAGGACGAAGAACCGUUUCUCGCUACUAUAGUGGGUCGCGCUUCCGCGUAUCAUCUUAGAUGCGGUCCCGCAGGCAAUCACUUCAGCGGAGGGAUGAGUCCUCUUGAGAAAACAAAAUUCCAGUUCCACAUUUGUCGCCCUGUUAAUCCAGAACUAGGUGCAGAUUUCACGGCUGCAAUCAAUAACCUGGAGACCUUGCAAAACCAAGUUGGUAAGACCAAAGAACACAAAAACAUGAUUGUCGAAGAUGUAACGGGAAAAAUGAUGCGUUUCGCUAGUAACGUUGUCCUGCAUGAUUUGGGAAUCAUGCAUGGACAUGACUACUAG